UACCGUGCGCGGAUAUACCCCGCGCGCAAACCCGCAAAUCAUCGCAUCCAUCGCCAAGGUCUGUGAGAGCGUGUGUGGGAAGGAGCAGCUGCAGCACCGAAGCUCCGCAAGAUCCCCCAGCCAUGUCCUCCCAGUCUCCAAAUUCAACGCAGAAUUGACCGACUGCAACAUCCACUCAGAAGCCACAUCCCACAAAAAAUGUCCAUCUCUCUCCAAAACCUCUUCACUAACUCGCCCUCUCGUUUCACCCUCUACUUCACCGCCACCGGCACCACUUAUCCUCCCAGGACCUAUUCUCUCUCUUCCCCAAUCGACUCUCGCUACCUUUCUACCCCACUACAUUCCCAAAACCUAAUCCGCUUCUCCCAACGUUCUUAUAAUCUUAUUUCCUUCGAGACCCACCAUAAAACUCGUCUCAGGGUUUACGGAUCCCAAGACACCAUUCAGAGAAACGACGUCUUCGGAGGUCACAAUUUCGACUCGUUUCUUUCCAUUGCCGAAUUGCUCUGUCUCGUUUCGUCCGCGGCGAUCUUUUCGAUCGGUUUCGCUGCCAAUCUGGCGUUUCUCUCGAGCUCGAAGAAGGCGGUUCUGGUGGAUGUCGGGAACAGGGUUUCGGUGUGGGGGGUCGUGUUAUUGGCGGGUGGGGUUGCGAUCGGUUCGUGGAUUCGGAGACAGCAGUGGAGGCGGGUAUUUAGGGAGAGAGUGACUGGCGGGAAUGAGGUAAAUUUGCUGGAGAGGGUUGAGAAAUUGGAGGAGGACUUGCGUAGCUCCGCGACUGUAAUUCGGGUCUUGUCGAGGCAGCUUGAGAAGCUGGGGAUAAGGUUUCGGGUCACGCGCAAGGCUCUCAAGGAUCCCAUUGCUGAGACUGCAGCUUUGGCUCAAAAGAACUCAGAGGCCACUCGAGCAUUAGCAGUACAAGAGGACAUUCUGGAAAAGGAGCUUGGUGAAAUUCAUAAAGUGCUGCUGGCUAUGCAGGAGCAGCAGCAAAAGCAACUUGAGCUGAUUCUCGCCAUUGGCAAGACUGGGAAGCUAUUGGAAAGCAAACGGGAACAAAAACGAGAACAAGAUACAAUUGAAAUAUGCAAUACGGUUGAAGAGGGGUUAAAACACAGGGAAACCCAACAAAUUUAAGCUUUGGUACAAGCAGGGGAGAAAUACAAGUUGCCAUUUUGAAGCAAACAAUGCUGGAGGAAGUUCUCUAAUUGCAACAUGAAUCAAAUGUCUAAGCCUAUUUUUUUCUGGGGCAGUUGAACUCGCAGGUUACCAUCAAAGCUAUUUUAUGGGUGCGAGGGAAAAUUUCCUGAUCUUUUCAAUCACCAUUUUGGAGGUCGAAGGAAAAACGACCAAGGACUAAUAAAAUGGGAAAUGUACUUAUUUCUUUGUUGACAUGUCAUUUUACUGAAAUCCUACUGGAGCUUAUGUAUGUGACUGGAGGUUGUACCGUGAAUAUACACCAUUUAAAUGUAUUUUAAUAUUGGGGGCAAUGCUUGAUCUCAUUUGACCCCAUUGUGAAUUCA